CAUUUCUCUUCCACUAUGAACAGACGGAUAGAACCUCACAUUUGCAUGAUCCUCAUUAACAUCCUGCUUCUCUCUGUCUCACAAUGUCUGGCUUUCCCCAAAAUGGGAAGGAGGGAGAUAGCACACACUGAAGGUCAAAUUGAGAGACGGAAUGUAGACGACCUAGAAAAACCCAGACCUUCAAAGCAAACAGCACAAAUGACAGUAAUAGAAGAUUCAAAUAUAGUGUUAACGAAACUAUCUGGAACCUCAUUGAAUAAUGACGGAGGAGAGACGCAGCUUAUAGGAGGCAGUAAUGUAUUCACACAUAGUCAGAGUACUGAUGUGUAUACCCCUACUGAAUCAGUGGCUUCUUCAGAUGAAGGAGGAUUUAAUCCUGGUGAACCCAAUAAAGACUUAUCUGAAAGUAGGUUAACCACAGUUGUUACUACAGUAGUCUCCCCAAAAGGUAAUGCAAAGGCUGAUUUUUUUAGUAGUUCCAGUAAUGUGCCCACUGUGGAAGAAGCCACAGAAGCAGGACAAGGCUUUCCAAAGCAUUUGAAUGAUCAGUUCUUAGAAACAGAAAGUAAGGCAGAUCACACUCUGGAACAUUCAACAACAACCCAGGUGAACACUGAAGAAAUGUUAACUACUAACCCACGAACUGGAAACUUGGAAAUAACCAUUGAUCAUACAACAACGUCUUCUUCCAUGACAAAUCCCACAGCAGAGAUUGGGAUGGGUAUCCUUACUUCAAGCAGAGACAGUCCUUCACAGCUGACCUCUGAUCAUCCUCAGGCCACUGUCACUGACCACCUGCUUGACCCUUCGGAGUAUUUCCCAAGCAUGGAGUCAGAAACUGACCGAAUGCCAGGAGGCAUGGCCAUGGCAGCCAGUGCUCCAACAGCUGCUUUAGGUGUUCCAGCUGCCUCAGCCCUGAAUGAGGAUUGGGAUGAUACCAAAUUAGUAAGUACAAGCCAAAAAGGAGCCUCAGCACCCAGAGACAAUGCAGAGACUAUUCAUGUGGGAGCCAAAGAUCCUCAGAUACUACAGCCAGACCAUGAUGACGUGAAAGGAGGAGAACCGUUGGCAGAUUUUGCAGAUGCCAUUUUGGGACAAGUUGGAGAGAGAACACACACUGGGGCAUCUCCAGCGAUGGUGAAUAUGGAAGAAAAAUCUGUUGCCUUCACUGAUCAAAGUUCCUUUCCCCUUAUGAAUCCUAAAGAAGACACCAAAGGGACAACUAUAAGCCCAUUGCAGAAUACAAGACACCCUGAAUUAGAUGGUAGGGAAUAUGAUACCUUAUUUUUUUCAGUGUCUACAGUUCCCCUCACAGAUUCUCAGUCUGAGGCAUACUACACUGUGGGAAAUACACUAACAGACAGUAUAGCUCAAGAGAUGAUGUCUAGUCAAGAUGGAGGAGCCACUUUAUUGUCUGUUACACAAGAACAGGAUUCUACUCCGGAGAUCACCAGAGAAUCUGAGGAGGCAGAGGAAAGAAACAGGAGCCCAUCUCCCAUCAUGGUGGUUUCUAGUGUAACUCAGCUAUCAAGAAAAUCAGAAUACUUGGCAACUACUGUCUCAGCUACUGCUAUGCCUUUGUCCCUGGCAGUUACUCCAGCCUUAACAGUGACCAUCUCAAAAGAAGAGACAUUUCCUCCAGCCUUUGACUCUUCAGUGACCCUUCCAGGAAUGAUGGAGGACACUAUUUCCCAGACGUCUGUGUCUAUACCUUCUACUAUAAGAACCAUUGCAUCUAUAAGACACAUGAGUACUUCUGUGACAUAUGACCUGGAACAGAUGGAAUCACAAGGAGAGGAAGAUGAAGAUGAAGAAGUAGAGGAGGAAGAAGAGGAGGAGGAAGAAGAAGAUGAGGAAGAUAAAGAUGAAGACUCUCUGGAUGAAAGUAUGGAGGGGGAUACCGAGCUGCCUGGGUUUACUCUCCCUGGUAUUACUUCCCAGGAACCCAGGUUAGACAGGGGAAACUUGGAACCAUUGGAAGGAGUGUCAUAUCAGGUUCCAGAUGCUAUAGAAUGGGAACAGCAGAAUCAAGGCCUUGUGAGAAGCUGGAUGGAAAAACUAAAAGACAAGGCAGGAUACAUGUCAGGAAUGUUGGUGCCUGUGGGGGUUGGGAUAGCUGGAGCCCUAUUCAUCCUGGGAGCUCUCUACAGCAUUAAGAUUAUGAAUCGCAGAAGGCGAAAUGGAUUCAAAAGGCACAAAAGAAAGCAGAGAGAAUUUAACAGUAUGCAAGAUCGAGUAAUGCUCCUGGCUGACAGUUCUGAAGAUGAAUUUUGA